UUUCACUUCUUCUCUGCAACUCUCCCUCUCUUCCGAAACCCUAACUAACUUGAAGAAGUAGAUCGGAAAUGGAGACUGAGACGUUCGCUUUUCAGGCUGAGAUCAACCAGCUCCUCAGUCUCAUCAUCAACACUUUCUACAGCAACAAGGAGAUUUUUCUUCGUGAGCUCAUUAGCAAUGCCUCUGAUGCUUUGGACAAGAUCCGAUUCGAGAGCCUGACAGACAAGAGCAAGCUCGAUGGUCAGCCAGAGCUCUUCAUUCACAUUGUACCGGACAAGACAAACAACACACUGUCUAUCAUUGACAGUGGUAUUGGCAUGACGAAAGCUGAUUUGGUGAACAACCUAGGUACUAUUGCAAGGUCUGGGACCAAGGAAUUCAUGGAAGCCUUGGCUGCGGGUGCUGAUGUGAGCAUGAUAGGACAGUUCGGUGUUGGGUUCUACUCGGCUUAUCUUGUAGCUGAGAAGGUUAUUGUUACCACAAAGCACAAUGAUGACGAGCAGUAUGUCUGGGAGUCCCAAGCUGGCGGGUCAUUCACUGUGACAAGGGAUACAUCUGGUGAGAAUCUUGGCAGGGGAACUAAGAUAACUUUGCUCCUUAAGGAAGAUCAGCUUGAGUAUCUUGAAGAACGCAGAUUGAAGGACUUGAUAAAGAAGCAUUCUGAAUUUAUCAGCUAUCCAAUUUCUCUUUGGAUUGAGAAGACUACUGAGAAGGAGAUUUCAGAUGAUGAGGAUGAGGAAGAGAAGAAGGAAGAGGAGGGUAAGGUUGAGGAGGUGGAUGAAGAUAAGGAGAAGGAGGAGAAGAAAAAGAAAAAGAUUAAGGAAGUGUCUCAUGAGUGGUCGUUGGUGAACAAGCAAAAGCCUAUUUGGAUGAGGAAGCCUGAAGAGAUAACAAAAGAAGAAUAUUCUGCUUUCUAUAAGAGUCUUACCAAUGAUUGGGAAGAGCAUUUGGCUGUUAAACACUUCUCUGUGGAGGGUCAGCUGGAGUUUAAGGCUAUCCUCUUUGUACCCAAGAGGGCACCUUUUGAUCUCUUUGACACAAGGAAGAAGCCUAACAACAUCAAAUUGUAUGUCCGUCGUGUCUUUAUCAUGGACAAUUGUGAGGAGUUGAUGCCUGAAUAUCUUAGCUUUGUGAAGGGUAUUGUGGAUUCUGAGGAUCUUCCACUCAACAUUUCUAGAGAAAUGCUGCAGCAGAACAAGAUCCUGAAGGUCAUCCGGAAGAACUUGGUCAAGAAAUGUGUUGAGCUUUUUUUUGAAAUUGCUGAGAACAAGGAGGAUUAUAAUAAGUUCUAUGAGGCCUUCUCUAAGAACCUGAAACUAGGUAUUCAUGAGGAUUCUCAGAACAAGACAAAGCUAGCUGAUUUGCUCAGGUACCACUCCACUAAGAGUGGUGAUGAGAUGACUAGCCUCAAGGACUACGUUACCAGGAUGAAGGAAGGACAGAGUGACAUCUACUACAUUACUGGUGAAAGCAAGAAAGCCGUUGAGAAUUCCCCCUUCCUGGAGAAGCUUAAGAAGAAGGGGUAUGAGGUGCUCUUUAUGGUUGAUGCUAUUGAUGAAUAUGCCAUUGGUCAGCUUAAGGAAUUUGAGGGAAAGAAGUUGGUCUCUGCUACCAAGGAAGGCCUGAAACUUGAUGAGAGUGAAGACGAAAAGAAAAAGAAAGAAGAACUGAAGGAGAAAUUCGAUGGUCUAUGCAAGGUGAUCAAGGAUGUCUUGGGUGACAGGGUUGAGAAAGUUGUGGUGUCUGACCGUGUCGUUGAUUCUCCUUGCUGUCUGGUGACUGGUGAAUAUGGAUGGACAGCCAAUAUGGAAAGGAUUAUGAAAGCACAGGCAUUAAGGGACAGCAGUAUGGCGGGUUACAUGUCAAGCAAGAAGACGAUGGAGAUUAACCCUGAGAAUCCCAUCAUGGAGGAGCUGAGGAAGCGAGCAGAUACUGACAGGAAUGACAAAUCUGUGAAGGAUCUUGUUCUCUUGCUCUUUGAGACUGCUCUCCUGACAUCUGGGUUCAGCCUUGAUGAUCCCAACACUUUCGGUAACAGGAUUCACAGGAUGCUGAAGCUUGGACUGAGCAUUGAUGAGGAUGCUGCUGAUGCAGAUGCUGACAUGAUGCCCCCUCUGGAGGAAGCCGACGCCGAUGCUGAGGGCAGCAAAAUGGAAGAAGUCGAUUAAUUCUCUGAUAUAUCUGAUCUGCCUUUUGGAAAGUAAGAUUGCGGAGCAGUCUAUUUACCUGUUUGUCUUUUUAAUUUUGGAAUCUUAACAAAUUAGGUGCAAUUUCCUGGAUUUAGUGUAUUUAGUUACUUAUGGUAAUUUUUUGUGCCAGUUUUUGACUUUUUAAUUCGUACUUCGUCUGAA